GCGCGCAGUAACCGUUGAUAUCCUGCCGAUGGAAAAGUGUAUGACAUUCCCAUCCGUCAUCCUGGAAAAAAGGAUAGUCGCUUUUUUCGAUUCAUAGUGAUCAGUUUUUACAAAAAUUCUCAGUAGUUCGGUUACGAAAAAAUCCCACAGUGCUUAAAAUCGUUACAACAUAGUAUUGUUUCAAGAAAUGUCCUAUUGCUAACUGUUGACCAGCGAUGGCCACAUCAAACAGCGGUGCUGCAAAAUCGAGCAAAGCGUUGAAAGGCAGCGGAUCUGCUCCUUCGGGUGGCUCAUCCGUCUUUCAGCCGAAUCAUCACCAUCAGCAGGACGACGACGGUAAUGAAAAUCAAUACUUUUAUGAAGACGAAAUUUUUUGCCUGGACGGCAAGGGCCGGGUCCGAUUUGGGCUGGUGUUGGAAAAUUUCGAGGUCAGCGAAGAGGAAGGAUUCGAAGAGGAUUGCCUGAAGAAGGGCGAAAUCCGAGCAUGUUGGCAUCCGGACGGACUGGAGGAGAUCGUCAAACAAACCAAGGUCGGCUUAGCCGAUAGGACACUAAUGCCAGGAGAUGUAGUCAGACGCAUGAUCCCCGGCAAAGACACCCAACGUGGAUAUUGUCAUGAAAUUUUCGUGAAAGCAGAUGUCAAGAUCGUUGGAACCAAGUAUGUGGUUCGAAAUGUUUGCUCCGACAGACUACGACCUCUCAUGUCUAUGCCGAAAGAUAAUGCCGUAUGUUUGGAUUCGUGGGUGGGAAGCACCAGAAAUGUAGCAGAGAAAUUGGUUCUUAAGUCUCCAUGUGGCUCUCUGGUGGAAACGGGCCCUGAGUUCGACUAUUGUGCACUGAAAGAUCUGGAAUGCCGCUCCAGGUGUGGUUAUUUUGCUAGUGCGCUAUUCUAUCCCGGGCAGACGUUAGUAGUUCCUCUCGGUGAAAUAGAAAACUCUAAAUGGAUCAAAACCUCUGCGGAGAUGAAACGUUCCAUGAAAAGAAAGGUAUCGGAUGUGAAAUUUACUGUCCAGAACGUUGAAUUGGAAGGUGUUUGGGUGCACUGGCAAUGCAAGGCUUCGUGUGAAGAUAUCGAGGCUGAAAUGAAAGAAGGCGGAAUCCAGCAGCCUCCAGAUUAUAUCACCGGUGAGAAUAUGAAACGGCUCAAAAAGCUCAAUCUAUUUGAAUCAUGUAUGCUGCAAAUCAAUGACAAGAACUAUUUGAAAGUAGAGGAAGAUGAUACAAUUUGCCGCAAAAGUCAAUGGCGAAAGGAACUCAGCUCAAGGUAUCGGAAAAUGCUGAAAAAGGAGGAUGAAAACUAUGAAAAAGUAAUCUGUGAUAAUGAAAACCAUAAAAUUACCCUUACUGGUACUGACUGUGAGGAGGCGAUUAAGGAUAAACUAGAAACUGACCGGGCAAAGUUGUGUCCCAUUACCGGAAAGGAAGGCCAGAAAGCGGGCAAGAUGCGAAGAAAUUCGCCAAGGCGCCCAAACAGCAACCAGUCAUCGACGAUUUGCAAAUUGGCGGAAAGUGAUGAGUGGCAAACCGAUCCCGAGGAUGACGAAGAUGAUGCAGAUGGUUGUGAUUCGAUGGCCUCCGAUGGGGGAGGCAGUCCAAUUUCCUCAUCCUGCUCAAGCACUGUUACCCCAAGGGGUAGCCCGAAAAAGUCGCCUUUACUUGCGAAGAAGUUGCGUAAGCGUAAGAAACGAUCUGCUUCGACUAACAGUAAUGCCGAUCGAAUGCCUGCUCCUGGCGAUGAUGUAAUUACGGAGACUCUAGUUGUGUACAGUAGCGCCACGGUCGUCUGGCAGGAUGGUACGAUCGAAACCAACAUUCCGUCCACGGAACUAUGUCCGAUCCAUCAUUUGGAUGAUCACGAGUUCUUUCCGGGAGAUUUUGUGUUAGCCGGCAAUACAGACCCGUCGCACAAUCCAUCAUUUCGGGAUUAUGGAGUAAUUCAAAAUGUCGAUCACCAUGGCAGAACGGCGAAAGUUAAAUGGUUUAGUACGUACACCUGCACGGAUGAACCCCAACCGACGUACAACGGUGAAUCCGAAGUUAGUGUGUACGAUUUGAAGGACCAUCCGGACUUUCAGUACAGGCCAGGAACGAUCGUUAUUCGGGUAGCGAACUUCAACGGCGAUGAUUCUAACUGCAGUGCCGGUCAGGUAAUUGACAACUAUCCCAAUGGAAUGGUGAAAGUAUGGUGGGUAAACGAUCAUGUAAGCAUGUGCUGGCCGCAGGACAUAUUCGAAGUCGGUCAAUAUGACUCGGAAAACAAUUUCUGGGGAAAUGACUCAGACAACAACUCGUGGGAAACUGAAGAUGAGACAUCAGAACUGGGUGGUGCUUCUCCACAACACGUCUGCAAACCAAAGCUGACGGCAAAUCUGGAACGAGCGCGUGUAGCCAUGGCAAGACUGGAAGAACUGUUCAUAAUCAAUCCGCAUCUGCAGAAUCAAGAAAUUAUGAAAAAGCUACUGCUCGUUUAUAAGAAAUGUCGAUAUUUGGAUCGGCUGAUGGAUACGAGCUUUUUCCAUGAACGUCAUUUCAUGGGAUUGGUGGAACGCGUUCGGAAGUCUAAUAAUCAAACUACGGCAGAACGAGUGCAGGAUCAAAAGAAUAGACUGUUUAAUCAAAAUGGAUCGAAAGCCACAACACCAACUGCUGAAACUCCCAGCUCGGAUCAAAAAAAUCCUUCCUAUAGCAAUAACAGCAUUUCGUCAAAUGGAACUGCAUGCAUGGCAUCGGCUUCCAAAAAACCAAACUCGCAUUGCAAUACACACAAUUUGAUUACGGCAAACUCAUUUAAAUUACCCUCAGCCAACAAUCAGUCAACUUCAUCGGACAUUUCUAGUAUUGACGAAAAUCCCUUGGGCUCAACAAACACAAACUCUACACGGUCCACAACAGAUGCAACUGGCGAAGACUCUGGUAACUUUUCAGCGAAAAGUGAUAGCACAAGCGUUCCUAAUGGCAAAAACAGCAGUAUGAACCAAAGUGGUGGAAACGAUUCGCUGUUGAACACUGAGCUGGAUAAUGUCAACAAUCUCUACAUGAACAUAAGCGAGGACAUGAAUUCUACCAGUUCGGUGUUCAGUUUUUCACCGCAGGCAGAGAACGUCUCUGCAAAGCUCUGUUCUCUCAUUAAAGCUCAACUGGUGAAGGCGUUGCAAGAGAUAAACACUCGCUACAGCCAAGCAGAUUUGUUCAAAGAAAUCAUCAUCGAGGAAAUUCAACUCUCGCCUCCACCGUUCGAUGCCCAAGCAAUCUCAUCUACUCCGUCCCAGCUGCAAUCAUCCCCAAACAAUCCAACCGCCGACCAGGAUGAAUCGAACAAUGCCGCAGAUGAAGUUAUCCCCGCUGCUCAGAACUCUGAAUUCAACUUUGUUGAAAGCUUUCAAGUUCUCGAUUCUGCUCCAAGCACUCAUAAAUACCAUCUGACAGUAUUUCAAACAAACAACGCGCAAGGCUUCUACAAAGCCGUCCAGCGGGAGCAUCGGCUAUUACGAACCGCGCUGCCCCCAGGAGUUUGGGUUCGAACUUUCGAAGAUCGACUGGAUUUGCUGAGCGUUAUGAUCGAGGGUCCUAAAAAGACGCCCUAUGAAGAUGGACUGUUCCUGUUCGAUGUUCAACUGGGCCAAGACUACCCAACCGCUCCACCACUGUGUCACUACAUCAGCUACUGUUCGGAUCGGUUAAAUCCCAAUCUGUAUGAAGAUGGUAAAGUGUGCGUUUCUCUGCUGGGCACAUGGUCAGGUCGAGGCACGGAAAUGUGGGGUCCCAACAGCACUCUGCUACAGGUGAUCGUCUCGAUACAGGGUCUGAUUCUCGUAGAUGAACCGUAUUUCAAUGAAGCCGGGUAUGAGAAACAGAAAGGUUCCCAACAAGGUAAGGAAAACUCCAGGAUGUAUAACGAAAUGGUGCUGCUCAAACUUGUUCAGUCGAUGACUAAGCUUAUCAGCAAUUCACCGGAAAUAUUCCGUGAGCAAAUUCUGAUGCACUUCAGAGCACGUGGGAAGGCCAUGUAUCAGCGCAUCAACAGUUGGAUGGAACUGUCGAAUGCAGCCAAUCGUGCAGCAAACACCAAUGCUGAAUCUCUAGAUAAAUCACAUUCCAAAGUAACCGUCAGUGAAGCAACUCCAUCUGGAUCAGCACAACCAACAAUAUCCAGCAAAGAACCCGAACUCACUGCGAUUUCAACCAUAAUGCCCGAUUUCCCACUUAUUCCGGCUAGCCGAGGGUUCUGUCUCACGCUGGUGGGUUUAUUGGAAAAUUUCCUAAAGACGCUUGAAACCAUUGCUAGCGAAUAGCCUUCGAGAACCUUAAUCCAACCCACCGCACUCGUUGGCUAGCACAAAUGUCAGCGCUUGUUACCGGUAUUGUAUCCUUCUUGUUUUCUAUAUGUGGCUUUAUAUUAAUUUUUGUUUCGUUGAAUUCAAUAAAAUGGUUCCGGAGGUCAUCGUUUUAUAGCUAGUUAGAAUACUGGUCAACAAAAUUACUUCCGAAGUUUACUAUCUGCAAAUAGUUGGUCAUUGCUAAACAUAGACAGAGAUUAAGAUUCUAUUUUUACUAUAAAUCAGCCAAUUUUACAGUAGCUGACGUCACUAUUAUUAUACUUGGUAAGAUACAGGUUGUAUCUAACUUUAUUUACAAAGAAUCAUUCAAUUUGAUUUAAAAACGACUGAGUUACAGUCAAUACCCCAAAAUAGAAUCGCUGAACCAUGUAGUCCUUUUCCCUAGUCCCUACAUAUGAUUGACUCCAAUGUAAAUUUACUUUAUUGCUAAAACAAUUAAAAGUGCCUAAACAUGGAAGUACAUUACUGAUGGUACAUAUUCGAGCAGCAAUCCAUCUUAGUAAAAAUAUCUAUUUUAGAUGUAACUAAGGAUUGACCUUCAAAUAUUACCUAAUUUAAAACAUGUUAGGAACGUUAAAAAUUAUCAGAAGUGAUUACUGAUUACGAACGAGCCGAAAAAAUGCAGUCUCAGUAUUUUUGGAUCAUGCACCACAAUGCAACUAUUUUCUAUAUGGGUACAGCGAGCAGUAACGAUUCAAAUGGAGCAGCUAUUGACCCUUAUUCUUUUUUGACUCCGCUUUCGAACGUAAAAAAACUCGAAUAUGUACUUCUUUCUAUAGAGGGAAUACAGUUUAUUCUACUAUCUGUACUUCCUUCACCAUGGGAACAUUAUGUGCCCCUCUUCCAUUCUUCUCUUUUCCGUGUUUGUUUAGGAGAGUGAGUAACUUCAGUGAUGUGCACAUUGUACAGUGAAUGCGGAAAACCCACUUACCUAUUAUCAUUUUAUUUAUGAUUGAUCGUACCAAAGAUAAUUCACCAGCAGUGAAUCCCAACCAACGCUUGUUUACGUGUUAUUUGCAUAUCAAUUAUAUUCAUGCAUAUUGAUUUCUGUUCAUAUAUGCAAUUCAUACCGAUCGAUACUAAUCACGUAAAAUGCUGUGCCUAUAUUUAAAUCAAUUAAAUAAUGAAGUAAAUAAUAAAAAAAUAGUACAUGAAAAAACUGGCAAACAAGACAUGUGAAUAUUAGGCAGUUUAUUGAAACCAAAAGUUUUAUUUUUAAUAUGAAAAUAACAUUCGAUCAGCCAGCAAGCUUUACAGCUAGAACAUGCAGGGUCAGUCGCAACUAUAAUUAGUAGAAGCAUGAAAGGAAGAACGGAACUCAAAUCGCACACAAAUGCAUAUUGAAACAAAACAUUUUAAUCGAAAAUCAAACACUAUAACAUGGGAAUGGAAAUCAAAGAAGAGUGAGUACGUAACAAAAAUGCUCGAUUAUUAGAAUCCGCGAUAAGAAACAGGCAAACACAAACUUGUAGCAAGUGGAUGAUUUUAAUUAGCAUCAACGAUUAAAAAUUUCAACAUAUUAGAUACGAUCCUACCGAUUGCACAACUUGUAGUGUUGAUGAUGCUUUCGGAAUUCAAACAGCUCCAACAACAUAGCUUUCAAAACACUAUUAGAAAAAUGACUUUUUUCUCAUUUCCGGUUUAUUGUUGCAAGUCUUCGCGUAUUCGCGACAUGUAUUGUUUGCAAGUCUUCGCGAAAGAAUGUCACUAGCACUGGUUGGUUAGAUAGAUAGGAAGCUAUUCUAAGAUUUGAGCCGCUCGCUAUUGGAAAGGUAAUCAAAAUAUGUAGUAGAUUCCAAGUAAUCGACGAACUCCUUUAGAAGUUACCGUUAACGAAAAUGCUUAAAUUGAAACAAUAAAAAAAUGUAGAAACAAAUAGCACAAAAUAUCAAAACUUGACAACAAAUUGGGAGACUUUGAACACUAGAAAACUGAAUUGCUCUCUAAAUUAACUAAUUCUCACCUGAGAAAACCAUGAUCGAUAAUGCAAGUGAUAGCAAAUAAAAAUGGGUUACUGAA